CAGCCUCACCACCGGUGACCAUAGCCAAACUUCCCUUUUUUUUAUUAUUUUUUCCAUUCACCACUUCCAAAACCCCCAGGAGCCCAUCCCCACUCUCCGACCCCGGCUUGUGCGAUCCAGCUUGUCCUCGAACCCUCCCCUCCUCCUCUCUUCCUUCCCUCUUUUGUUUGCUGCUUUCUCCCGAGAAAUUCGAAGAAUCCCACCCCAGAUCAAGCAGGAAGGCUUUGUGGAUGCUAUGGAUGCAUCGUCGGAAGAAGCAUCGGAGAUCAGUGAUUCCGAGCUCGAUGAGUACGAGGAGGAUUAUUACAGAGUAUUGAAGACCGGCAAGCAGAGGGUAAGGAACCCGGAUGGCACCUUCCGGUGCCCCUUCUGUGCCGGGAAGAAGAAGCAGGAGUACCUCUACAAGGACCUCCUCCAGCACGCCACCGGAGUUGGCGCCUCUAACAGCCGGCGAGCAAAGGAGAAGGCCACCCACCGGGCCUUCGCUAGGUUCCUCAAGACCGACCUCGCCGACGCCGCGGGUUGCUCCCAGUUCGCGCCCGUCGAACAAGAACAGCAAGCUCCCAAGCCGAGCGAUGAUGAAUUGUUCGUCUGGCCUUGGAUGGGGGUUCUCAUCAAUGUCCCCGCGGAAGAAGGUGGGUUUAAGCUCGGAGAAAAGAUCUCCGAUUUUAAUCCCAUUGAUGUCAUUCCUUUAGGGGAGGGGAUCUGUCAGAGUGAGAGGGGAGCUGCGGUUGUGAGGUUUAACAAGGAUUGGGGUGGGUUCAAGGAUGCCAUGGAUUUCGAGAACCACUUCAAAGCAAGUCAUCGCGGAAAAAAGGAUUGGAAUGAGAGCGUCGGAGAUGGCUCUGGGAUGUUUUAUGGGUGGAUUGCCCGGGAUGAUGACUAUAACUCCAAGGACAUUGUCGGGCAUCAUCUUCAGAAGCAUGGGGAACUGAGGACAAUUUCAGAUGUUGCUAAGGAGGAGUCCAAGGAGACUGGCAAGAUCGUGGCAAUUCUUGCCAAUCAAAUUGAGGUCAAGAACAAAUACUUGCAGGACUUGGAGUUUCGGUACAAUGUGACUGCUCUGUCACUAAAUCGAAUAAUGGAGGAGAAAGAUAAGCUUCAUCAGGCCUACAAUGAAG